CUACGUGGCCCGUGCGCGGGGGGACGUCACCCAGCCUGGUGCGUGGGCAAAUAGGGUGAAAAAUGACGGGCGAGGUGUAGGGAGGGGCCCUGUACUAUGCGCGAAAAGGGAAAGAAUCAAUCAGCGGAAAGGCGGUUGGAGAGCAGCACAAGAAACGGCCCUAUCACCACUUAACAGCUUGAUUGUGCAUGGCUGUGUCAGUCGCUCAUUUCUGAGCAAUCGGUGACACAAAUUGUUACUUUUGUUCUUUCUGGGAGGGUGGAGCCUAGACGUUGCGUUAACCCACAUUAGGUUUUGGCAUUCACGACCUCCCCCUGGCCGUCAUUCCUAUAUUACCCACCCACCAAGUCCCCAAGACUCAGUGCCCAACGCGGAAAUCUCUAAGACCUAGAACCGCCACGCACGAGCUUCCAGGGUCAUUGAAGCUAGAAAGCUACACCAAUCAUGGACAACAAACCCGUGAUAGGCCUCCUCGGGGGCGGCCAGCUGGGCCGAAUGCUCUGCGAAGCCGCCGGCCCGCUUGGCUUCGACAUCGCCAUCCUGGACGAGGCGGGCUCGCCAGCCAAGCGGGUCGCCGAAAACGGCCUGCACAUCGAGGGCUCGUUCAAGGACCCCGUCAAGAUCCGCGAGCUUGCGGCGCGAUCCGAUGUGCUGACGGUCGAGAUUGAGCAUGUUGACACCGAAGUGCUCGAAGACAUCGAGACCAACGGCGUCGAGGUCGUCGCCACCGACGGCACAAAGACGCUCAAGAGGGUGCCCGUCCACCCGUCCUGGAGGACCAUCAGGCUCAUCCAGGACAAGUACGAGCAGAAGGAGCACUACCGCCGUCAUGGCCUGCCCAUCGCCGACCAGGUUGCCAUCGCUCCGGGGGAUGAGAUGGCCUCGCUGGUGGACGCGGGUCGCAAGCUCGGUUACCCGUUCAUGCUCAAGGCUCGCAAGGGCUCCUACGACGGCAGGGGGAAUUUCAAGGUCUCGAGCGAAGGCGACCUCGAAGCAGCCGUCAGGGAACUGAAAGGCCUGCCGCUAUACGCCGAGAAGUGGUGCAGCUUCGCCAAGGAGCUGGCCGUCAUGGUGGUUAAGACCGAGAGCGCUGGAGAACUCAAGUCGCUGCUGGCCUAUCCUGCCGUCGAAACGGUGCACGAGGACAGUAUCUGCACCAAGACCUUCAUGCCGCCCCGUGGUGUGCCCAAACAGGCGUGCGAGAAGGCCCGCGAGACGGCCUGCCAGGUCAUCUCGACCCUGACAGGGAGGGGUGUUUUCGCCGUGGAGAUGUUCCUGCUCGACGACGGCUCCAUCCUGGUCAACGAGGUUGCCCCGCGCCCGCACAACUCAGGCCAUUACACCAUCGAGGCCGUUCCCUAUUUCUCCCAGUACAAAGCCCAGCUCUACGCCCUCCUGGACCUACCGCUGCCCGAGCGCCUGACCCCGCGCGUACCGUCAGCCAUCAUGAUCAAUAUCCUGGGCGGCGCUGGGCCCAAGUCACACGAAAAGCUCGUCAACGCGGCGGCGAAGACCUUUGGCGACAGCAUGGACGUGUAUGUGCAUCUCUACGGCAAAGCAAGCAAACCGGGGAGGAAGAUUGGCCAUAUCACGACGACAGGCCAGUUUGGUGUCGUCGACCUGGAGCGCCACUCUGCGCCACUGAUGGAACUCGCAGACGCCAUUAGGCAGGAGCGUCUGAGUGCGGCGACUUCACAGCUGAGGCCGCAGCAGCCAGCGCCUGCCACUGCAGGAGGGCCGACGUCGCCCGGUGCUCUCGUCCUUGUGACCAUGGGCUCCGACUCGGACCUGCCCGUCAUGAAAGCGGGCCUGGCCGUGCUCGAGGAAUUCGGUGUUCCCUUCGAGGUCAGGAUCACUUCGGCUCACCGAACGCCGAACUUGAUGCUCGACGUGGCCGCCGAGGCUGCCGGCCGUGGUAUCAAGGUCGCCAUUGCCGCGGCAGGUGGUGCAGCACACCUACCUGGCAUGUUCGCGUCGCACUGCCCGAUCCCCGUUAUAGGGGUGCCUGUUAAGGCAACCCACUUGGACGGGAUGGAUAGUCUGCUCAGCAUCGUACAGAUGCCCAGGGGGGUUCCUGUUGCCACGGUGGGCAUCAACAACUCGACCAAUGCGGCCCUGCUGGCCAUCAGGAUAAUCGGAUCCUUCAUACCCAAGUACCAGGACCACAUGAGGAGGUAUCAAUUGGAUAUGGAGGAUGCGGUGUUGGCAAAAGACAGGGAUCUCCAAAACAUCGGUUUCAAGGGCUAUCUGAGUAAGAUGGGCAAGUAGCAGAGUCAUGUCUCAUUGUCCCGUGCCCCCCUCCAGGCGUCGGUACCUGAUCCCGUCAUCUCACUUCUAUCUGACUUGCCUGCACGCACGCUCUGUGCCGGCCCCACGGGCCACGCUUGGGUUUACGAUGUGGCUAUUUGGUAGUAGUAAGCUGUUUACAUACAAAAAUUAGUGGUAGUUUAAGCGUGGCUUAAAACUUGCUCCCUAACACUAGAAAAAUACUAGGAAAAAUAAAAGAAUAUAUAACUUUAUAGGAAAAUAAUUAUAUUUAC